GAUAAUUAUUUACUAGGCAGGUGCACAAACAAACAAGGCAUCUCCCAAAUCGCUCAUCGAAUCAGGACAUCCAUUCAAUUCUUUUUGCAACUACCUACCUACCUGUCAUAUUUCUGUGGUUCGGCCAUCGGUCUUCCUGCGUCACUAUCAUUACUAUCACUGGGACGAACCACGGUCCUAGUCACCAUGCCCUUCGAUCCGAGUGAGACCGACGUGGAAGAGUACGAAAGCGCGUACACAGAGGGACUCGUUUUUGAAGUCAACAGAUUGCUCCCAGGCAGAUCACAGUUCUCAAUUGAACUUGCCAUCCAAAAGAUUUCGCGAGAUAUAAUCCGAGAGACCUCAAAAGGCGUUGAAACUGUGACCAUCUACUGGGGACGCCUAAAUUCGACAUCAACUACAACUAGAACUGAAUAUCAUCAUGGCUGGUGUCACAUUGUUUGCUCAAGCUGGAUGCUAAAAAGGGCCCUCAAAAUGCGUCUACACUAUGAAGAGCUUUUCCCGGGCACACGGAAAAGAGUCACAACCGGCGCAGCGGCAGAGCCAAUGGUAUGUAAAACUACAACUUGCUCUUGACAUUGGUUGCUGAUAUCAGCCAGACCAAGUUUGACCGCGUAACCCAUCUUACACCACCGGACGUCAAAACCAGAUCACCACUCGGACAGAAUUCUGCUACUAAUCAGGGACAAUCGAGAAGUGAAAGACAUGCAACUCUAAUCAGAAAGUCCAGUCAACUCACCGAGAAGAUUGCUGCUGCAUGUCAGGAAAUUACAGACUACGCUCGAUGGGUUGCCCACCGCGACCACGGAGCUGCUGAGCUCGGUUACGGCAAUGCGGCUCUCUUUGAGGAAGUUGCUAAGUUCGUUGUGGACGCAAGAGCCGCAAUCACUUCAUCUGCUGUUGCUAGCCAAGCCCCAGCUACUUGUCAACCGUCAUCGGAUUCGAAAGAAGGCGAUCACAUUCGCUAAACAUCCCCACGCAAUUCAGGGUAGCAAUAACAUCGAGGCCUGAAUUCAUACAUAGACUGAUGUCACUUGAUAAGAUCCGUUUUCGGCGUAAUUCAUAGCGAUGUGGAGAAAUGAACUUACCAAAGUUCCGGGCGCUUGAAAAUCCCAGACCAGGGUAAAAAUGCGGAGGAACAGGGGCAUCGCGGGGUAGAAUGGGGCUAAGUAUUCU